AUUUUAGUAACGCAUAUAGUUCAGAAAAGGAAUUCAAUUAAGUUCGUAAAAAUCUAGCCUGAUCAUCCCCGUUCAUCAGACAUUCGGGCUGCCGUGCACAUAGUUUGCCGAAUUAUUUCACUGGGAGGUAAAAUGGAGGAUUCUGUGCAACUCCCAGCUCAAGAAUUGUCAGAGGAAAAAACAAAGACAGACAUUCCACCAUGGGAGAAGCAUGCGACAGUUAUCAAUAUGCCUCGCUUCGAUUAUCAGGCGCCCUCCAAUCUUCUUCAAACUUCCCACUCAGGAUUCCUCAUAACAUGUCCAAUAAAGCGGGAGAAAAGUGCUACCAAAGAAGCAAUUGAAAUUCUUCAGAAGUUUUUCAACUUGUCAACAUGUACAUCAAGAGAUGCUACGGGGUUUACAGUUAAUUUAAAGGGUUUGGAGAAAAGUAAAAUAGAAAAUAAUUAUGAAGUAACAGCAGAAGAGGAAGCUGUGGAUGUGGUUGAGAAUGCACAGAGAAAGAGACCCAGAAUGGCUCCCAACUCUGAAGAGUUUCCAAGCUGUACUAUGCUUGACUCUAGUACAAUACAUGGGUCAGUGUCAGAAGUUCAUUGCCCAGAAUCAGUAAUUUCUUCCAUUGAUGAUCCAAAUUUGGUGCCAGAACCAGUGGAAAAUCCAGAGGCAAAGAAGAAUUCUGGAGGUGCUCAUAUCACAGAAUCAUUUACAGGAAAAUCUUUCAUGCCAUCACUUGUGAAGUUGGCUAGAAAUGGAAUUAUAUUCUUCUCUUUACCAGGAAACUGUUCUCCAAAUAUUGUUCGAGUUUUGGCUGAAAUUUUUCAAGCAAUGAAUUCUGGUGAAAUAAAAGCCCCAGUGUGGUGUUAUCGCAUUCUUCCUGUUCAAGCAACAUGUCUUCUGAAGAAGGAGGAUCUACGUAAUGUAGUGGUCAAACUUGUAAAGGAGCACAUUGGUGAUACAGAAUCUAAGGUUGAAAGGCCACUAAAGUUUGCAGUUGGUUAUAAUAGGAGGGGUGUGGAGGGGAAUGAAGUUGGCAAGGGGGGUUCCCGAAAGAAACCUGUCAUUGAGUCUUCUCUUCUUUGUCGAAAUGAUUGUUUUCAAGUUGUAGCAGGUGCAGUGAAAGAAGUUGUAACUCUCUCAUCUGUGGACUUGCUAUCUCCAGAGAUGGCAGUGCUUGUAGAAGUUCUACCUCUCACUGGAGUGCAUGGAUCGUGUGUGGCUGCUGUAUCUGUUCUUCCUGGGGAUCUUAUUAAUGUCAAACCACGUCUUUGUAUAAAGCCACUUGUUUUUUAUGCAGAAAGCAAUAAAAAGAAAUAAUUCUAACAGUGGGAAAAAUAUUAAUAAACCCAUUUGUCAUUUAUUUUUCUUAAUGCUGAAAAGUUAAUAAUUUAACAAGACUAUGUGCUUAGCAAGGACAAAUAGUAUUGUUUUUUUCAUAGUCUUUAGUUUUCCUAGAUAAAGAGCCAAUAUAAAUUUUGUUUGUUUUGUAGUUCAUCAUGUUCGAUUUCCUUUGUAUUGAAGUUCUAGGGUAUUCGAAGUUUCCGUGAAGUUAAAUGAAUUCAUUUUUCUAUACCCUUUAAAACCGCUCAUUAAUUUAGAGGAGUGUUAUUGUGAUUGGUUAAUUUUUUACAUAACUUAUAAGAUUGUUAUAAAAGUCUUUACAAUUGAUUA